AUGAGCAAUAGUUCAAGACAUUAUUGUCCCGAAUGUGACCAACAAUUAAACGAUAAUUCUUGGUGGUGUAAACCAUGUCAACAACGACAUUUUGAAGAAAAUUUCGAUAAUUGGACAUCUGGUGAUAAAGAUAUUGAUGAUUUUAUUAAAGAAACUCAAUUAAAAGCCGAAGAAGCUGAUCAAUAUUUAGAAUGGAUUCCAUUCUCUGCUUUUAUUAAUGUUAAUAAAUCUGAUAUUUCUGAAGCUGGUUCUUUAUUCACUGCUAAUUGGGUUAGAGGUCCUACUGAUACUUGGGAUCCUAAUGAAGGUGAACUUACUGCUAAAAGAAGUUUACUAAAACUUAAAAUUCAUUAUCAUGGGCGUACACUUAAUGGCCUUAUCAUGCGUCUCUUUGGCGUCACUCGUGAAUCUGUCACAAAUAAUCUUAUGAUGGUUGCUGAAACUGUGGAAUGGGAUUUACGACAUUAUGUAUCUCAUCAUUUUACUCGCCUAUCUUGGCAAAACAAAAUUGCUAUUUUAUAUACUAUUACUUGUGCUCUUGAAAAUCAAAAAAUUGGCCUUCAACAACAAAAUGAUUAUAUUUCUGCUAAUAAAACUAUUAAAUCUCAUAUUGAAAUUCCAUUAAAUGAAUUAGGUUUAGGUGAUUCAAAAGAUUUAAUUCCUCUUUUUAAUGAGAUUUUUGAAGGAUUGAGACCUAAACAACGUGAUGAUGUCCCGGAUUGUUAUAGCGAUUUAAUGCAAUUAUGUUGGAGUAGAUAUCCUAAUGAACGUCCUACAAUAUCUGAUUUAGCAAAACGUUUUAGUGAAUGGCAUCUUUUUAGUGUUGACAAAGAGCAAUUUAUUAAUGCUGAACAAAAAAGAAUUAGACGUGUUUUGGCCAAAGGUCUAAACCCUGAUCCUGGUCGAAUGGCUGCUCCCCCAAAAGUUCAUCCUCAAGCUAUAUAUACAAGUAGAUUGUUAAAAUUCCCCGCUCUUCCUAUACCGAAAAAUUCUCAAAGAAAUUUACCAAAAAGAGCUAAUUCUUAUAAUGACUCCAAUAAUGGACGUACUCAAAUGAGUACUAAAGAUUUGGCUUCAAUUCUUAUUCGAGAUGAAAGUUUUUUUUCAACGGCUGCACUUAUGCAACGACGUUCGGCUUAUCCUGAACCUGAAAUUGAACCAGAAGAUGAAGAUACUUUAAAACAAUAUGAACUUUCUAUUCCUAAUAAUUUGGAUUCAGAUGAUUGUGAAACACCUGAUGAUAAGAAUGAUAAAUUACCACUUUCAGAACUAAAAUCAAUAAGUCUUUCUGAUAAUGAUUAUUCUGCUAAUGGAACUGAGUGUACUAGUUCUACUGAUAUUGAACAUGUAGAAAAAUAG